GUAGUAGUAUGGCCACGCCCUCCCCGAAGUGCUGAUUCCAAGCUGAGGCCAACUAAUAAUUAGCCACGUGAAAAUGAGCAGCACUAUGGAUCAGAAGAAACCUCUGCUGGGCACCGAUGGAAAUGGUCAACCAAGAGCUCCUCCUCCAAAUGUUCCUGGUGGAGGUGCACCAUCAGCCCCACCAGGUGGUGGUGGUGAGUGUGCCCCGCCCCCUUACUCAGGUCCGGGGGGGUACGGGGGAGUGGUUACCCAACAACCGUAUGUUCCUCCUUAUGGUGCCGGUGGUUAUGUUGCUGUGAAGCCACCUAACUACAUGGUCCUCAACGCUUUUGCUGCGUUCUGUUGCUGUCUUUUGUGUGGAUUAAUGGGACUCUACAUAGGAUCGCAAAGUGACACUGCCUGGAACAACGGAGACAGGGAGCUAUCCUUGAGGCACUCUCAAAAUGCCAAGAAGUGGGGGAUCGGAGGCAUCAUAGGAGGUUGCGUCGCUCACUUGUUCACUAUCAUCAUUCUUGGAGUCACCUUUGGGGUUGUUGGAAUCUGAGCUCAGAGCAAUAGACAUGAAACUGAAACUGAAACUAUUUUGUGAAAAUAUAUAAUGUUCUCUGGAUAAUACCUGUAUGUUCGAUAUACUCCAUAGACAGUUAGUGUGAUGUGAAUGUAUUGUUUGCCAAGUCCA